AUGACACCCUCCGUCAACGAACCAAUGCCGCCAGCAGCAGGAAGCCAACCUCAGCAGCACGAGCAUAAUUACGACCGUGCCGCCAUCAACGACGAUCACCAGCUGAAUACGGACGGAGGAGACGGCAAUAAAUUGGGGUUGCAGCGCGUCAAGACCUGGAGACCACUGGACAAAGUCAGCGCCUCAACUCGCCGAUAUAGAGACCCGGCCGCCUUGUUCUCUCAGAGCCGUCCCAAAACUCCAGUUGCAUACUCUGAUCCAUCAACUGCGCUCGCAAGCCGGAUUACAAGACAACAGUUCGAGGCCCUGCCGCCAGCUAUCCAGCGAAAGUCGCCCUUUCACGAGAGUUCGUGA